AUGGCCUCAAUAACAGAAGCCUCCCUGCGCGAGGCCAUCACCCAGCGUCUCGGCGCAAUCCACGUCGAAGUCACCGACAUGUCCGGUGGCUGUGGCCAAGCAUUCACUUCCCUGAUCGUAUCCCCCCAGUUCCAGAACCUCAGGGCGCUUCAGCGGCACCGCCUCGUCAACACGGCGCUCAAGGAGGAAAUCGCCGCCAUCCACGCCUGGACGGCAAAGUGCCAGACGCCGCAGGAGUGGGACAAGGAGAAGGAUACUGCUGCGCCGUCGCUGGAGGGCACGGUUGGGGGACACGUUGAGGGGACGUCGCAGUGAAGAAUGAGGGGGGAACAAGUCCAAUAUACCCAGGGGAUCAAGGAUGUUGCAUACUCAGCCUGACCGUGGCACGAGAGAUGGGCGCAAGAUAUACAUGAUGGAGCAAGAUGAAGCCCAGAAAGAUAGCCUGCCCAGGCAAACACCCAUGGGCAAUCCACUAGGGCUGGUCAAAAACUUACUUGGAUAACAUCACCAUGGAAUAGCCCUGCCGCAUCGAGCAAACUUGCCCCAAAAGAUUAUGAUAUAGAGAGGGCGAAUAACUCAAAAUAUCUUCAUAACUUGUAUAUAUAUCAGAGAUAUCAAAAUAUGCAUCACUUAUUAACUAUAUUUCCCAACAUCCGAAGCCACCCCCUUCCACCCCGUCUCGACAUCUCCCAUAUAUGCCAUUUCCCUAGCUCCUCUUCUCCCAUUUUUGCUCGCUGACCUCUUUGCCUAUCAAAGUCAAUGUGCAUCUACAGCAAACCCAAAAGAUCAUCGCUAUCCUUCUUAGGCUCAGAACCGCCGUGUAGCUGCAUCGCUGCCGGUAAUGGCUGGCUUGCAUUCGCCGCUCCAAAGUUGAGCCCCUCAAACCCAUUCAUUAAAUCAUUCAUGCCACCAGCUGGCGCCGCGCUAGAAGAGCCACUGGCCGCAGGGGCAUCAAACAUGCUCAUCAUGUCGGCCAUACCACCCGUGGCUGGGCUUGACACCCGGUCAGGAGUUCCCGCUGCACUCGCCUGCUCCUGAGACGCCGGUGCUGCGCCGUCAAAGUCGAUGUCGAGCAGGUUUUCAAUGUUGCUCUGCGAUGAGGCAGAGCCAUUGGCGGCGGCCGCAGCAACAGAGGCAGCGAUGGGGUUCUCCGCGGCGUUCUGGCGCUGUUCUUGAAUGGCGGCCCGCUGGAUUUCGUCGGCGCCGAAUCGGCCCUUGCCAACAAAGGCUU